AUGCCGAAAGGCGCCGAAGGGGUAAACCUUGACCCUUCCCAGGGAACAGGCGUUUACGAACGCGUCGUGUACUCAAAGAAGUUUGUCAUUUUUCAUUAUUUUCGUCAAAUUUCGUUCAGUAUGGAUCAGGAACGAAUGCUGAGGUAUUCCGACGAUCAUGUGGACAAAGGCGUUAACCGGUAUACACCUGCUCUUCGAAACAUGAUCCCGUUCAGAUCUGCAAGGUAAUAGUGUGAAAAUAAAAUUCCAUUCAUAUAAGCUAAAAGUGGCUAGGGAUUCAUAUUCUCGGAUUUUCAAACUUCCAUUUUCAAUGUGUGUCCAUUUGCUGAAAAAAGUCUUGAACAGGAGUUGCUUUCAAAUACGUGAAAAAAAAAAGUAAAACUUCAAGAAAAAUUGUGUCAACUCCCACAUUCUUCAUCGUCAACUCCAAUCUUUCAGCCCAACUGCGCCAACAGGAAGAGCACGAAUCGAUGAAGCUGGACUCUUCAGCUUCGUCACUUAUUCCUGGGUUUUCCAAUACCUGCUCUCUGCCCUACGAGGUUUCCCUUAAAAAAAAGAAUUUAAUAAAUUUCAAGUUAAGGAAAAGUCGACAGAGAUCAAGUCUGGAUCUGCAGCUUUUACGACUCUUGUGGUCUCAACAUGGCUCGGUUCGCAAGGAAAUUAAAAAAAUUUAUGAAUUCAUAUUUUAUAGGUUGGAAUUUUUUUAUGGCAAAGUGAGAAGAAAGCAAACCCCAGCAAACCGUCUCUUUUCAAAGUCAUAUACAGGUAAAAUAAUUUCGAAGUUGAUCUUUUUCCUGUUUCUAUUUUUGGAGGCCUGAUUUCGAAAAAGUUUUUAAGGUUCAUUUUUACCCGCCUAUGGACUUCGUGCGCUGUUUUUCUGUUCUGCUUGAUUUUCGGCUUCAUCGGCCCAACCUGCUUCAUCCGAAGUAGAAAGAAAUCUCUUUUUCAAUCACAAAUUAUUUUUGAGGAUUGAUCGCGUUUGCCGAACAACCUUUGCGGGAUGGCGAUGACAACGUCAAUUAUUUGUACGGCAUGGGAAUGGUUCUUUCGAUUGUUUUGGUUAUUCUUCAUGGGAUUCCAGAAGUGAAUUUGAUUUUUCAGGUGGAAGUGGCUAGAGUUCUGAUGUACGGGGCAACUUGGGCUGUUUCUUACAGGUCGGUUUUGAAAAAAACGUAACUCUAAUGCUAUUUGCACUUUUUUAAAGCAAGAGAAGUUCAAACUUUUUAGUUUCUCGGAUCAAGCUCUUAAGUUGCAAAAAGAUUAUUGGCAUCGCGCCAAAAUUACUCAUGACGUUUUAGGACUGGAAUACGUGUGCGAGGAGCUGUCUUGGCUUUGCUGUACAAACAAGUUCUCGAAGCUAAAGACCUUUGUGGAAAGCCUUCUUCUGAGGUUCUUUCCUAGAUCUUCUUGUUCAAUUUCGAAAACUAUUUCAGAUUGUCAACAUUUUCGCCAACGACGGUCAACGCUUGUUUGAUGCGAUCACCUUUGCUCCAUUGGUCAUCGUCGGUCCUUUGGUUCUUUUUGGUAUGCAGUAUUCUUGAUUAUUCCUAAACGAUCUUUGAAUACUUCAGGAGGAAUCGGGUAUUUAUUGGCUGUGAUUGGUCCCUGGUCCUUGUUAGGCAUCGCCAUUUUCUUCGUCUUCGACGCUAUUCAGGUUUAAUGACAAAAUUUUCUUACAUAACCCUUCCGUUUCAGUACAUGCUUGGAAAGACGAUGGUUCGCUGUAGAAGUCUCGCAGUGGAAAAAACUGAGAGCCGUAUCAAUCUGAUGGGAGAAAUCAUUCGAUUCAUUCGAGUGAUCAAAGUCAACUCUUGGGAAGACAUUUUCAGCCGCAAGAUCGAUGGUUCAAAUUUUUCAAACUUUCUCAAUUCCAGCUUAUUUUCAGAAAUGAGGCAUUCGGAAAAAAUUAACAUCAGAAAGUCGGGAUAUGCUCAAUCUCUCGCAAUCGCCUGUGGUCCAGUUGUUCCUGUUGUAGCUGCGAUCCUCACUUUCCUCGGCGUCGUUUUAUCAGGAAAUGAUCUCCUUGCGUCUGACGUCAGUUUUACGCGUGUUGAAACGUUAAAAACCGUGAAUUAUAGGCUUUUUCUGCGAUCACCGUGUUCUUCGUGAUGCUUUUCGGCAUUCGAAUGAUCCCCUACGGAAGUCGAUACAUGGCCGAAGCGGUUGUAGCCAUCCGUAGAAUCGAGAUCUUCCUCAAGGUUAAUUUAUGCAUAUUCUAAACGUCAAUGUUUUCGUUUUUAGUUGGAGCGGUGGGAGCAAAUAACUUCCUAUCAAGGUCAACCUUCUGUGCCAGUAGUCUCACGAAACGCCGUUUUUUCCUACUUGCCGGUCCAAGAACAAAGUUUGUUUUUUUUUACUAUUCAACUAUAAAUUAGAUUCUAAUUGAAACUUCAAGCUUCACAUGCAUUUUGAAACAAGAAGCCUUCAUUUAAUUCUUUCGAAAAAUAGUUCGGAGCCUAAAAAAACGAGUUCUAUGCUGUUAACUAUGAAUUUCACGGUAAACUAUACUUCAGCACCUACUCCUACAGAGACGGACCCCAUAAACACCGCCAAUCCGGUGUUCAACAUUCAUUUUGGCGAUUUGCAAGUGAAAAAAGGCGAGCACGUUGCAGUUUGUGGCGGAGUCGGUAGCGGAAAGUCUGCUCUGUUGAAAGCACUCAGCGGCCACGUAAGAAUUUCGUCCUCCAGGCAUUAUGAAGAGAUAAAUUCAGAUGUUCCUGGUGAGUGGUGAGCUAGACAUCGAUUGGUCCAACGUUGGAUACGUUACCCAAACUCCAUGGAUAAUGAACGGCACGGUCCAAGACAACGUUCUUUUUGGCGAGAAGAUGAGUUCCGAAAGAUAUUACAAGGUACCAAGAAAUUAUGAAAGGUCGAAAUUCAUUUUAUCUGCGUCAGGUCAUUGAAAGCAGUCAGCUGUCGAAAGAUCUGCACACCCUUGCAACUGGAGACCGUACCGAGGUAAAUUCAUUUGUUUUUGUUAUUUGAUAAUGUGGAUAUUACUAAUCGGAUCAUCCACCUUCUCUUUUUUUAAAAAAAUAAAAAAAGUAAUUAGUGAAACGAACUAAAUAUAAUCAGUCAACUAUUUCUUCCUCAUUUCAGAUCGGAGAGCGUGGUGCGACUCUUUCAGGAGGCCAGAAAGCCAGGGUAUCUUUGGCCAGAACACUUUUUGCCAACCGUGCAGUUUAUCUCCUCGAUGACAUUCUCGCUAGUUUGGAUCAAUCGGUAAGAUUUUUUUGUUUUUCAAAAAAAAAUCAAAAUUUAUUUAGGUUGCGGAUAAAAUCUUUGAAGACGCCAUUUGCGAUUUCUUGGGAAAGAAAACUGUUCUCAUGGUCACAAACAAUACCAAGGUUCUACAAUUGUGAAGUUGAAAUCAAUUGAUAAUGCGUUUAGUUGCUGCCACGUUUCGACCGCGUUCUCUUCGUUGAAAACGGCAGGAUCGUUGCCGAUGGAACCCAUGAAGACCUGAUCACAGUUGAAGACAAUUAUCGCGCAUUUGUGGAAUCCUGUGAACAAGGUUUGUUUGGAAACAUCAAAAUGAAAAAAAAUAACCUUUAUGAAUCCCCCAAGUAACAAAUAAACCGGGUUGGGGUUAGACUAAAGAACUUUUUGUAAAUUACAAUUGCGGUUUAUUGCCAACCUAAUAUAGUGAAAGAUCUUUGCUCUUGCGAGCCAAAUCCUUUCUUGGCAGAAGCUUUUUUUGGAUGCAGAACGCGGAACACGGAUUUGAGAGUCAGAAUAUUCAUUAGAAAUAGUCAGAAAUAGCAAAGUUAAAAUGAUGGAAGGGAGAGAGAGGGACGGCAGCGCAUCCGCCGCAGGAUUGAUUUUGUCUCGGCUCGGUCGUAGCUUGCUUUUAUAGGCGAUGGACGGCGACGUCUGAAAGCUUUACAGUUAGAAUGUUCAAAAUAACUGCGUAGGAGGUGGUAAGAGAUUGUACAGAAGCAGAGGUUCAGAGGGAGCCUGCGCUCGAAGCUUUUACCGGUCGCUUCUGGUGAUGCGGCGCGCGGUAUUGAAAACCUUUUGGCGUGGGUGCUUUUAGAUGGCGCUUUGAUACGGCGUUGUUUCUUUGAUCGGUCAAGAUCAAGAGAUUAUUCCUCAUGAUGGACAUUUUCGUGAAAGAGGUAGUAUGACCCUCCAUACAAUGAAACAGUUUCUACGUGAAAAGUCUGAGUUUCAGCAUUACGCACCCGACCAAAUACAACUUACGCUACUUUCGCGUUAAGCGAAAAAUAAGAAAAAAGUAUAAAAGUUUGAUGGAAUUUCCGAUAGCUGCUAAGAAUUCCUCAGUAAUUCCAACCAUUCAAUGUUUUUGCAGAACACGGAGCGUACGACACCGACGAUUUCGAUACCACCAAUUUCCUCCCACAUGCUGCAACUCUUGAUGAAGAAUUCGAAAAAGUGAGAGCCCUUCCAAAAUUUUUCAAGAUCUUUUAUUCACAGAUCGGAGCCCCAGCUGCACAUGACUCUUCUGAAAACAUUGUUCAGAGCUCAGAAAGAGGUAUGAUUUUUUUUUUGAUUUGAAAAGAAUAUUUCAUUUAAAACUACAUGAUUGGGAAUUAAAAUUGAAUUUUUAAGACAAACUGGUCAGCGAUGAAGAAGAUUUUGGUCUCGCCGCGAUGUCAUGGAAAGUUUACAAGUGAGUUAUUUGUUCUAAAAAUUUUCAAUUCGCCAAAUUUCGCAGGUCCUACGUUGUCGCUGCCGGCAGUUGGGGCGUCUGGCUUUGCCUCUUUGCUGGAUUCGUGAUAAACAUUUCUGCGUCCAUCUUCUCAACGUAUUGGCUUUCACGUUGGCUCAAAAAAGGUCACCAAGAAGAGGUGGGAAACAAGUAGCUUAUCCACAAAAUUUAAAUGCUCUUUUCAGUACACCGAAGUAAACGGAACGACGCAGCUUUUGUCCAGUGGAAGUCUUGCCGAUAGCCCGGAUACUUCAUUUUAUGCCUCUGUGUAUGGCGUUUCCCUGGUUGUCCUUUUCCUUUCUGGACUCUUCAAAGCGGUUGUUUUUGUCAAGGUUUCCAAAAAACGUCUUCAACAUUUUCAUUCUUGAUAUUCAGGUCUCUCUGAACGCGGCCACCAAGCUCCACAACUCCAUGUUCACGUCUCUCAUUCGCGGGGCAACUUCCUUUUUCGAUUCGACUCCAAGCGGCCGUAUCUUGAACCGAUUUUCCAAAGACAUGGAUGAAAGUGAGCUUCCCGAAAACUAAUCAUUUUUCUUAUUCUUUUAACACUUUUCAGUUGAUGUAAAGCUUCCUUUUACGGCUGAAGUUUUUCUGCAAAACAUGAUAACUUGCUUGGGAUUCCUGAUGGUUAUUGCUUGGGUGUUUCCGUGGUUCUUGGUACGUCUUCUUGAUUUUAGGGAUUUUAUUUAAAGCGUCAUGAGGAGAUCGAUAUUUUUGGAUGAAUUUUGACUCAAAUCGCAGAAAUUUGUUAAACAAUCAAAAAAUACUCUUUACUGUUUCAGGUUGCUUGCUUCCCAUUGCUUGGAAUUUUCGUGCUGUUUGUCUCCUGCUUCCGCGCUGGAAUCAGAAAGUGAGUUUUUCGUCCGAACAUUUUUUCUACUUCAUUUUUUAUAGCUUGAAACGCUCGGAGAACAUUUCCCGAUCUCCGCUGUUUGACCACGUUUCAUCGAGCUUGGAAGGUCUGGCCGCCAUCCAUUCUUUGCACCAAUCACAAAGAUAUAUGGAUAACCUGAAAAAGCACCUGGACGCCAACAGGUGAGUACAUUGAGAGCACGGGAAAUACCUUUGAAAUAACUUUUUCAGUGGGGCUGUGUUCAUGUUCCAAUCAGCGAUGCGUUGGUUGGCAGUUUGGUUGGAUCUUCUGGUUGUUGCGAUGACGGCAGUCGUCGCACUUCUCAUCGUCCUACUAACUGGCAAAGUUUCGCCUGCUGAUGCUGGAAUGGCCAUCGCGUUUGCCGUGCAGGUAUUAUUUUGACGAAUCGUGCAGACCUGAUUAAAAAAUGUCGAAAAUUCUAAUUUGUAUGUUCCUAUGAAAUUGUGCUGUUGAAAAAAUCUUGAUUUCGGUAUUUUUUUUGUAGCUCGGUAAGCAGACGUUUCCUUUCCAUUUAAAACAUCGAAUUUUCCAAAAAAAAUUUUGCAGAUGAGUGGAAUCUUCCAAUUUGCCGUUCGUACCCAAACUGAACUGGAAGCGAAGAUGACUAGCGUUGAACGCGUUUCGUAUUACGCACAGGUUAUUUUUUAUUUUCAAAAUUUUUCAAUCCAAUUUUCCGAUUUUUUUAUACAGAAAAAUAAUGAAAAAAAUAUUGUCAAACAUUUUUGAAAAAUCAUCAACAUAUUUUUUUUUACAGAACAUCGACCCGGAGGACAGUUUCGAAACGCAAAAAGGAGUUUCAAUUCCAAUGGAUUGGCCCAGUCAAGGACAAAUCAACUUCCAAGAAGUCAAGUAUGUUCACGAAAUAUUUUGAUAGCUGCAAAUUCGAAUAUUCAGACUGCGAUACAGACCGAAGCUGCCUUUGGCUUUAAACGACAUUUCUUUCCAAAUUGCGCCUGGUGAAAAGAUUGGAAUAAUUGGAAGAACGGGGUCUGGCAAAUCGUCGCUUGCCAGUUUGCUUUGCCGACUCUAUCCCUUGACUUGGGGCCGCAUUUUCAUCGAUGGGGUCGACACGAAAACUGUUGGUCUUAACCGGCUCAGAAGGUUCGUAGAAACAAAUAUUUCCAGCUGAAAAAAUAAUUCAGAGCACUGGCCGUGAUUCCUCAAGAUCCGUCUCUUUUUGCCGGAACUGUUCGUUUCAACUUGGACCCUCGGAAUGAGUUCUCAGACUCUGAUCUGUGGAGCGCUUUAGAAAAAACUUAUCUCAAAGAUGCGGUGAGCUCACAUAAUUAAACUCGAAAGUAACCUGAUGCAUCAGAUAACUGCGCUGGACAAAAAGUUGGAAGCCGAAGUGAAUUCUGGAGGAGAAAAUUUCUCCGUUGGAGAACGUCAAUUGUUCUGCAUGACCAGAGCACUUCUUUCGUAUGUCUUUCUUCAAAUUUAUAUUUCACAAAACGUUUUUCAGGAAAGCGAAAAUCGUGAUUUUGGAUGAAGCAACCGCCUCUUUAGACGUCAACACCGACAAACUCAUUCAAAAAGUCAUUUCGGAUGUCUUCUCCAAUUGUACGGUUCUGACGAUUGCUCAUCGAUUGGACAAUGUCAAAAAAAUGGAUCGUGUUUUAUUCCUGGAAAAUGGAAAGGUGGGUUCCCAACUAUAAACUAGGGAAAGAGCUCAAUGCAACAGUACUAAUUUUUUCAACUUAUUCAGCGCUUUGAAUAUUUUAAUCGUGUUUGUUUCUUUUCUGUCUUUCGGCUGCUUUUAUCAGCCAUAAUUGUUCCCAAAAAAAUUUAGCUAGUAAAAAAAAGAUAUCGGCAAUAGUUGUAAGCUUCAUUUGCCUCAAAUCCGUGAAACUUUUCUGUCUUGCAGAUGAUCGAGUUCACAACGCCCGACCUCCUUUUCAAAAAAGGACUGUCCGAAUUGAAAAGCUUUGUUGACACCGGUAAGAAUUCGGAAAAGCUUCGAUAUGCAAGUUAAAUGAAUUCAGCUGAAGGAAGCAACGAUUCGAGUUCUGCGGUUGUGGUGAACGACAGUGACGGACAAUCGUCUCCAGAAGUCAUCGGCAGCGAAGCGAGAGAGAGUGGAGAUGAAGAGAGCGUCGUCGUGAUAGAAAAAGAGAGCAGCUCCGAUGCCGAAAUCGAACUCAUCGAACAUUGA